CCUUUGAAGCUAGAUGUCUUUAAAUGGCUCUCUUGAUUAGUCUUGAGGGAUAGUUGCGUGGAGACAAGUGGCAACUUGCCUGUUCCUGGGUUUCUUACUCGGUUUGCUUCAUCUUACUCUAUCCAUUUGCUAUCUAUCAGAGGAAAACAAACGUCAGCUUUUCUCUUGGGGGAGCAGUUAAAAAGGAGACAACUUUGAUUUAGAUGCAAAACUUCUUUUUAGAUUCCUCUGAAGCAGUGAGUGAGUUUUUUUUCAUAAUGUGGAUCCUGAUCCUUACUUGAUGUGUAGACCAACAAAAGUUUUUUUUACUGAGAUCAGUCUCUGAUGUAUGUUUAAAGGAGGUCUAGAUCGCUUAAGCACUGUUUUCAACCGUUUGUUAACUAAAGUGGUCGUGUUAGGUUCUUGGUAAGGGUAACUAUCAGGGAUACUUGAUCUUGUCACUUCGUGCUGUAGUCCCAGGUGCAAGGUUUGGAUGAAAGUCUGGUAGCUGUUAACUUCAUCUGUAAAUGUUGCAGUUCUGUUUUUUUAGUAGGCUUUAUGUCACUGUUCUGUAAUGUUUUAGUGUGAGGACUUUUGAAGAGUUUAGAGUUGGGUGAGGAAAAUAUAGCUUGCUGUAGUUUAGAGAGCCCAUCUUGUCCCUCUUGAAAUUAAAAGUAGCAUCAACUGCUGUGGUGCCUAGCUCUUGCAAUUGGCUUUGCCUGUGUGUUCCUGUUCUGCAGUGUCAAUAUGGUUGCCAUGAAAAUGGGCAUAAACAAUAGCACAUUGAAUGGCAGCUGAUGCCACCAUAGUAGACAGCUCUUCCUUUACCUUUGGGUGUCCUGAUAAGAUGCUUUGAAAUCCUGAUUAUUGAGAUGAAACAGUAAAUACCUGCUAGGAUGUGGGAAGACUAGGAUAUGUAUGAAAUCCAAGUAUCUGUAACAUUUCUUAAAUGGUCAUAUAACCACUUGUUUUAUACUUUCGAACAUCUAUUUAAGAUCUUCUGACAUCUUUUUGUUGCAAAACUUCAUUUUUAAAAGCAAAUAAUAGUUGAUCACCUGGUCGAGCUGGAAGCUAGAUGUGAAAUUACAGAAGUAGCAUGCUAAAGUUUUUCUAGCGCUUUAAAUUCUCAGGUGUCUACUGUGGUUGGAAGGAUGGAUGGUCGCUCCUCUGCAGAAGAAAAAUAUUAAGAGAAGGAAGAUCUGUUUUGAGGAAGAAAUGGCCAAAAAGCCACCACAGUAACUUUCUCAACAUAUGAGUACUUCAAAAAGAGCUCUUAAAAAAAAAAAAAAAUCCAUGUUUAGAUAUACACGGUCCAAUUAAGAUCUAGUGUCGGGACGCUCAUUCCUCCUUGAUGGCUGUAUGCUCUUACUGUUUCUGGAUUGACUGCCUUCAAGACACUCAUGCAUGAUCCCUGUAAUUCAGGAUGCUGGACAACAUUAGUUUUUCAGUAGGUUGCUAGUUCUGUAAGCAUACUAAGUUCUGAGCCCAUAUUUGAAAGUAUUGCUAUAGGAACAUAUGAAAUAACUUAGAAAAGCCUAGAGGUAAAAUACUAGAAAGAACUCUGUAACACGAGUAAAAUGCGGUGUUACAGGAGGUUUAAUUCUGUGAUGGGGAUCAGGUAAGCUAACAAAACAUGCCAGGUAAUGGUUCUGCUGUGAACCUCCCAGGUCUUGGUGUAUCAUACUGCCAUACUACUGGUGGGUUAGGAAGAAUGAAUGAGGAGAGCACAUGUGUAGAGUGUGUAAGGAGGGUCGGUCAAAGCAAAGUUUGAGAGCCUGUUUUUAAGCUAGGGCUUUUUAAACUUGCCUUCAAGCCAAUUUAGCCAUGGAAAUUGGAGUGUGUUAUAACUUUGCUGUUGUAUUUCUAGUUCUGGAAGUUUUGCGUAAUUUUACAGCUUAGACGACUUACAGUACUGUGAUUACAGACUAAUCUACCCUGUCCUAACCACUGAAUCAGUGGCCUGUGGCAGACUGGCUUUCCUGCUCAAUGGAACAUACCUCUGUUCCCCAAUAUGGGCAAAAGAAGCUGUUCCUACUGUCUCUGACAGGCAUACCUAUCCGAUGUUUCCUUAGCAUUCUAAGAAUGUUUUCCAAGUUAGCCUUCUAGAUGUCUGGCAAGCGUCUGAUGUCUUCUAGGGGUACCGAAUGUAUCUUAAAACAUUUUCCUUCAUGUAAACAUAGGAAUGAAGUAUGCCUUCUGGACUGCAAGUUAAUAUUUUGAAAUUACUAGUUUGAAUUUUUGCUAGCUUAGAUCACACAAGAACUGAAGUCUUCAGAUACUAAACUAACUCACUUUUAAAGCCUUAGCUGUAAUAUUGGCUAUUCUUGCAAUGAGCGUCUAGAAUGUAGCUUGAUUAGUCAAUAAAUAUAGUAGCAGCCAGAUAAACACUUAAAGUACCUUAAGACUACCUAGAAGAGAGAACCUCGUGGGGAAAAGUAGCUGGCUUUUGAGCUUAACUAUGACGGGUAAAGUAGGAGAAGAUAUAUUACUGAAAGAGAGCAACAGUAAGGCUGUUAAGACAUCUUGUUUCGCUCUUAAACAUUCAAUCAGUUUUUGAGGCGAAGACUGACUACAAGAACUGGUUAGAGGAAAAGUCAGGUGUACUGUUUCUCUGGCUGUUAGAACAUGCCCUUACUAUGAGCAAAGCGAAGAUAUGCUUUUGUGUCCUUACUGUGGUCAUGCCAGGUAACAGAUGAUCAUAAAGCGUAUGAACAAGUUUGAGAUGGCUAGGAACUAACUCUAGUUGCCUCUGUCAGGAGGGUAGGAAAACCUCUAAAUCUCUUAUCUUAGUGUGGCCUUUGGGAGAAAAAGGUGUUCUCAAAAUGUCCUCCCCCCUUCCAGGGAAGUAAUCUGCAGCAAUGAGCAGUAACGAGUGCUUCAAGUGUGGCCGCACUGGCCACUGGGCUCGGGAGUGCCCUACUGGAAUUGGCCGUGGUCGUGGGAUGAGAAGCCGUGGCAGAGCAGGCUUCCAGUUCAUGUCUUCAUCUCUCCCUGACAUCUGUUACCGCUGUGGUGAGUCUGGCCAUCUUGCCAAGGACUGUGAUCUUCAGGAGGAUGCCUGCUAUAACUGCGGUAGAGGUGGCCAUAUUGCGAAGGACUGCAAGGAGCCGAAGAGGGAGAGAGAGCAGUGCUGCUACAACUGUGGCAAACCUGGUCAUCUGGCUCGUGACUGUGACCAUGCAGAUGAGCAGAAGUGCUAUUCUUGUGGAGAAUUUGGACACAUUCAAAAAGACUGCACCAAAGUGAAAUGCUAUAGGUGUGGUGAAACUGGCCAUGUAGCCAUCAACUGCAGCAAGACCAGUGAAGUCAACUGCUAUCGCUGCGGCGAGUCAGGGCACCUUGCACGGGAAUGCACAAUUGAAGCUACAGCCUAAUUAUUUUCCUUUGUCGCCCCUCCUUUUUCUGAUUGAUGGUUGUAUUAUUUUUCUCUGAAUCCUCUUCACUGGCCAAAGGUUGGCAGAUAGAGGCUACUCCCAGGCCAGUGAGCUUUACUUGCCGUGUAAAAGGAGGAAAGGGGUGGAAAAAUCAACUUUCUGCAUUUAACUACAAAAAUGUUUAUGUUUAGUUUGGUAGAGGUGUUAUGUAUAAUGCUUUGUUAAAGAACCCCCUUUCCGUGCCACUGGUGAAUAGGGAUUGAUGAAGUGGGAAGAGUUGAGUCAGACCAGCAAAACCCUCUCUGGGUUACAUGGAAGUGAUCCUAUGCAGGAGGAAAGAAAUCCUGGAAGUGUCUUAAACUUCCUCAUAACUUUAAUUUUAUUACAAUGGCCUUGGAUUGUCUGACCUCAGUAGCUGUUAACACCAAGUAAUAUCUGUAUCAGGCCCUACCUAGAGCAUAUAGCUGAGUGGGAGUAAAUAAAACAAACAAGAUGCACAUGCCUGUUAAUGGCCAUGCGAGAGAGAGAGAGAGAGAAAUCAGGAAUAAACUUAAAAGUAACAGUAAUUCAGUCAAUGGAUGUUCAUGUUGGAGAUGCAGAACGUAAUGGAAGCUUUUGAAUAAAUAAACUAAAUCCAAAACCCAGACAUCAGUGCUCAUAGCAUAUACAAUUUGGAGCUAUUCAGGAGUUGCAAAUAAAUGCGUUUUCACAGAAAUCAAGAUGUUAUUUUUGUAUACUAUAUCACUUAGACAACUGAGUUUCAUUUGCUUGUAAUCAGUUUUUAAAGUAAGAUGGUAAAAGCAAUUGAAGUCCUAGAACAUAGAAAAUGUAAUUUUAAACUAUCAAUAAAGCUGGAGGAGGAAGGGGAGUUUGGCUAAAGUUCCUUUUGUUUAUUUUGUUUUCCAUGUACACAGUGCAAAGUAACAUAUUAAAAAGGGGUAUGUGGAGGUGU